UAGCUUCUCUGAAGACUUCUCAGCAGUUGGAAAUGGAAGAAAUUUUCUCUCGGGAGCCCAAAGAUCUGGGCAGAGCUCUGUGCAUCAUCACGGGGGCUUCAAAGGGUUACGGACGGACGCUGGCGUUACAGCUGAGCCUCCUGCUGAAGCCCCGGUCCAUACUGCUGCUGGUGGCCAGAUCCAUUGAUCAGCUCAAUGAGGUGAAGGACCACAUCAUGGCCCUGGACGACAGACAGAAGCGGCUGGAUGUCCGCUGCGUGCAAGCGGAUUUGGAGAAGAUGGAAGGUGUGGAGAAAACAAUUCAGGCGGCUAAAGAGACUUCCUCGUCUGAGGUGGAUCACUUACUCCUCAUCAAUAAUGCAGGGUCCCUGGGUGACGUGUCUCGAUUGGCUCUGACCUUCACUGACCCCACGGAGGUCAACCGUUACCUGUCCCUGAACGUCAGCGGAGUGCUCAGUCUAACGGCCGGUGUCCUGCAAGCGUUUCCUCGUCGUCUGGGUCUCCAGCGUACGGUGGUGAACAUCAGUUCUCUGUGCGCGCUCAAGGCGUUCCCCUCGUGGGUUCUGUACUGCACCGGUAAAGCGGCCCGCGACAUGCUGUUUCGCGUGCUAGCAGAGGAGGAACCUGACGUCAGAGUGCUCAGUUAUGCGCCUGGUCCUCUGGACACAGACAUGCAGGUUCAAGCUCGCUGUUUCUCUGGAGAUCUGAAGCUCCGUCGCUCUUUCUCCUCCAUGUUCUCCUCAGGAGAGCUGCUGUCCUGCGAGGAGUCCGGGGCCAAACUCAUGAAACUCCUGCUGGAUAACGAUUACCCUUCAGGGGCCCAUGUAGACUUCUAUGAGCUCUAGAACAAGAUCAAACUAACACUUGUCAAUGUUUUGUACAUAUAUCAGCAGCUAUUUCUAUCAUUUGUAUUAUAUGUUGUUAUUUUUUGUUAUCAGAUUUACGUCAAUGAUAAAAUCGGUAAAUUUCAGCAUGCACUGUUUUUUUAAUCUGAAUAACUUCGACUAUUUUUGACUAAAUCUGUGUGAAUGCAGCUGAGGACCUCUAGUGGAUCAGAAGAGAUCUGCCGGUCAAAGAAACUUUUUUAUAAAGGGGCAAAAUUGAUCCCUGGAUUUGAUUUUCAGGGGCAUUUUCUACCUUUAAGAUGUUUGUUUUUUGUUUUUUUUACCAUUAAAAUAAAAUCUCAAACAAGUCUCAUCCGUUGACUAUAAUUUAAUCCAUUUAUUAAUACAAUUUCUCAAAUAUUCUCAAUCUGAGAAUGUAUUUCCUCUCACCCUUAAAUCAACAUCA